AUGGAAAAGAAGGGACCCUUAGUCCCCUGGCGCUUGGGUACCAUGAAAAGGGAUGUGCAGCUGCGGGUGUCCCCGACGGAGCUGAAGUUUUGUGAUGCGAUAGUGGGGAGGGUGUACCGCCUUCCGCUUACAGUACACAACAUAAGUCGCUGGAACGUGAGGAUCCAAUUUCAGGAACCUUUAAAACCACAGUUCAGACUGGUUUUGAAGAAUUUUGAAAAAGAACUUGCUUCUGGACUUUAUAUGACAUUUAUGGUGGAAUAUCAUCCUGAUACCACUGAAGACGUUUUUGACCAACUAAUUAUUUCAGCAGGAGAUAAAACAGUUGAAGUUCCUCUAAUGGGGCUGAUUCCAUGUUGUCAAUUGGAAGUUGACUCAGAAGUUGAUUUUGGCACACUGGUUGCCAAUAGUAAAGUACAUUGCGAAGAGAUUACUAUUAGGAACUAUGGCAUAUGUCCAGGUGCAUUUUUCACAGAAUAUACUGGUAGCUUGCCCAUAUUCCUUUUUCCAUCUAGUGGUGUUGUGCAAGCUAAUUCAUCAUUAAUUAUCAAAGUAGAUUUCUGUGCAGAUCAGCCUCAACUUUUAAAUGAGGUGGUAAGAGUGUGCAUGCAAGGUCGUACAGAAGCAACUUUGAAUAUCAGAGCUUUAGUGGUUGAGCAGAUUAUUGAACUGUUAAACAUCAGUUGUGACAGACAGUUGGAUUGUAUACGUUUUGGUUCUGUUUUCUUCGGUACAUCACGAAUUGAACGUGCACUUUUAUACAACAAUAGUCCCGAACCCAUAAACUGGGUAGCUAUAUUGCAAGAAAAUGCAGUUGGAGAAGAACUGGGUACAAACAUUCGACAAAGAACAGAUGUUGCUUUAAACAAUCUCACCUACAUAAGUAUAGCGAAAAACAUAGAUAGUACUUCUUUUAUCUCCUGUGUUCCAAAUGAUGGCGUUUUACAUGCUUAUGAAAAGACCGAACUUGCAUUUUGUUUUAGCCCAAAACUCAUUAAGAAUAGCAAAAAUGAUGCUGACCCCUCACACCGGCAAGACUAUGCUGUCUUUUUGAGAUUUGAGUCUGUAGGAAGUAGAAGUGGAGAUUUGAACGGUGAUGACAAUGAAAUGCACACAAAUAAUCAAUAUCAGAAAGGUUUGGAAGUAGCAUUGACAGGCUCAGGACUUCCUGUCUCAUUACAUAUUGAACCAGAAAAAGUUCUUAAUUUUUCACCUUGUGUCAUGGGUGAAUGUUCAGAGAAGCUAUGCAUCAUACAAAAUCAAUGCACAUUACUCCCUGUGGUAUAUCAAUUCCAAAGAACGGCACAUUUUAAAUUUUUUCCUGAAAGGGGCAAGAUUGAUGAAGGAUGUACGCAGAGUAUAACAUGUUCAUUUACUCCACAUCAAGUUGGAAGCUUUCAAGUGAAGCAAACCAUAGAGAUUAUUGGCCUAGUGGCAGACAAAAAUUUCCAAACUUUGUCAAUGAAACCUUUUCAUUAUAUACAAUUAGAUUUCCAUAGCGUCUGCAAGCCUUGCAUCAAGAGAGUUGUGAUGAAAAUUAAUCCUGGUCUUUCUCCACGAGUCACUAAUCCAACAGGACAGUUUGUGGCUGAGGAUAAGGCAAAAUGCAAAGUACCUGUAGCAAUGCUUCAGUCAGCUAAGACCCAAAUUCACAACCAUAAAGCACGAAAAGAGACAAUGAUAGAUGCACUGAUAGCCUUUCCCAAUGAUAGAGCUGGAAGUAUCAGGCCUGGAGAACAGUUCACAAAUUUCAGAACGAUUUUUACAAAGGUUCCUAGGUACAACUAUGUGGAUCCUGAGUAUGCAUAUAAUAAAAUUGAAGAAUUACGGAAAAAAAUCGAUGAAAAUUACUAUGAACAAUAUCUAAAAGAGAUGAGAUGUAUACGCCUGCGGAAACAAAUAGUAAGUGAACCAAUGUAUUCACAAGAUGAUCCGAAUAUGGGAUUACAACCUGGCUCAGGUCUCAAGUCGCCAGUACUUUUACAGGCAGACAUAGAAGAAGAUACAACUUCAGCUGAGUUAAACAACAAUAAAUUGUUGCGUACCAGGAAUGUAGCACUCAAAGAAGCUGAAUCUCUCAGACAGAUUUUCGAUGGACUUAAAUCAACACCAUCUACACCCCAAGAAAUCCAAGAUUGUAAAUUAACUUUAACACCAAAGCAAAUUCACCAAGUACUUGUUGGGCCUUCUGUCCUUAAUUUUGGUGAUGUUUGUAUUCACUCCACAAAUCCUUAUCCGCUGCAUGUUAUUAAUAUGCUGCCUAUGCACAUUUUGAUGCAGUUAAAUAUUAACUUAGAAGAACUUCAAAAGACCAAACAGCUUGCAUAUGUGAUUCCUCCUACAAGCAGUACUGACAUCUCAAUAAUAUUCAAGUCAUCCAUCCUUGGAAAAUUUUGCAAGUCUUUUACCUUUACAGUGAACAAGAUACCUGGUGGACACAUCUUAAUGAUGGCAGUUGUCCAGCCAGUAAAGCUUGAAUUGUCUUCUAAAGAACUAGUACUGAAACAACAUGGCUUCUCUGUGAAAGAAUCCUUUAAAGGGACAGUUAGAAUACAUAAUCCCCAGAACUAUUUAGCUGAAUUUAAAUGGCAGCCAGUGAACAAAGAAAAAAAAGUGCCAUUUAUCAUUUGUCCUUCUAAAGGCACUAUUGACCCAUUCUCAUCAUUGGAAUGUGAAGUAGCAUGGCAGCCAAGUUUUAGUUCUCCAGAAAGGGGAGAAUUAGUUCUUCAGGUCUGCGAUGGGGAUGAUGUCACACUAAAAUGUGUUGCACAGGUAUUUAUGUCUUUUAAAUAUGAUUUCUAUUUUUAGAGCUAUAAAUUGGUUGGUCACACCAAGGUUGUUCUUCUGGACUCCUACAUAUUCUUCACUAAUAGUCCUCAAGGUUUAACAAGUUGGAAGAAAACUGUUCUUCACAAUGUGGGACAAAACCAUGCUUUUUUCAAGGUUUGUGACCAGAAUCUUUUACCUACCAUUAAAAUCAUUCCAUCAGAAGGAAUAAUUCCAUUUGGGCAGUUUACUGUCCUCAAUGUUUCAUGCACUCCCACGGUAGCAGAAAAAUUUGAUACAAGAGCAAAGAUUGCUAUUCGCCGUGCACAUGUCAUAGACCUUAGGAUUGGUGGGUCUGUUGAGAUCGCUGAUGUCGAAAUCAGUCCGAAUGUAUUUAAUUUCUAUGGCGCUUAUGUCGGCAGUACCCAGAUUAUCCCAUUUCUAAUUAAAAAUAAAGGCAUAACCCGGGCCAGAGUAGAGUUUAAUCUGCAAAAAUUUGAAGAUUUCACCAUGGAGUUGAAAAACAAAUCUGCAGAAGUUGAAGACUCUGGAGUUCCCGACAUAUAUUCUUGGGAGCUAGAGCAAAAGACAACUUUGGAAUGUGGUCUAGCUUUUUCUCCUAAAGAAGUGACAACAUAUGAGUUCACCUUUCACGUUCGAGUUAAUUUCAUGGAUGCUUCAGAAAAUUACAUUAAAGUACACUCAUCAAGUUCUCAAUCAAUUUCAAAGACAGAACCACUUAUCUCACCGUGCUAUGUUCACGCAACUGAGUGUCACAGAAAAUAUUCGGUGGCUAUUCCUAUACGUUUAAAUGAUAACCCAGUUUGUUACCGAAUAUUCAAUAUUACUGGAGAAGUAAAAUCACCUAAGUUACUGUUUGAUCCACCAUUUGUAUUUUUUACACCUGUACCUCUGGGCAUAACAACUGUGGUGGAUAUCAACAUUUUACCUCAAAACUAUUUCAGGUUUUGUGAACCUCAGUUUAUUUAUCUGCAAAAUGAGGAGAUUGGUGCUGAAUGUAAUUCAGGGUCUCCUCUAAAUAUGAGAGGAGCCUUGGUGGCACAGUGGUUAAAUCACCCAGCCUUUAAAGGAAAGGAAAUUAAUGAUGAUGGUGUCCAUUGA